AGCUCUAAUGCCGCCAGUGUUCGGGCUCGACCCGGGCUCUUCUCUUUCCUCCCUCAAUAUCUCCACCUCCCAUAUCACCGCCCGGUGGAACAUCGCUCUCUCAAUCAAGAACCCCAGUAAGCUCAUUGCCGUCGAGUACGCCGACAUGAAGCUCCACCUCAGCUUCGGAGGCGAACUCAGGCUCUCUCGACCCUCCCGCAUUCCGGCCUUCGCUCAGGGCCCCCACAGCUCGACAACAGUCCGAGCCGAGGCCCUCUCCACACUGCCGAUCGUCAAUGACUUGGGCGUGAAGGGCAUGGUGAGCUCGUUGAAGGGCGGGGAGGUGGCCAUCGACGUGGUGGUGGAAGCCAAGCGGAGGCUGCACUUGGGUCCGUGCUGGGUGCCCGUGUUCGGCGUCUACUUCUCGUGCAUGGGCGUCACCUUUACGGCUCCAAAUAGCAGCGAGGGUGGCGGUGAUUGGAUGAUCCUCGGGGGGACCCUACACUGCGAGCCCGACAUAUUCACUCUCCUCUGAGGAUCGAGGCGGCGUGUGGGAGCCCGGCACGGAGAUGUGAUAUUGAUCUGUCGAUCGGGAAGCAAGUAGACAAGCAGAUGCAAUAUGGUGUGCCUUAGUGAUGUGUCUUUUUGUAUCUUCCUCCUCU